AUGGUUAGCUAUUCCAUGCUUAUAUGCAUGCUUUGCUUGACUUCAACACAAGCUCAAAAGGAUAUACUUUCUCCUCCUUACACUUGCACUACAACAACAACACUAUGUCAACCUGGAAAAACCACAGAACAUGCUACGUCGACACUUCGAACAUCUACAUCUCAGGGAAGACCAGGAAAACGAGGAAUGAAUGGAUUGCCUGGAAUAAAAGGCGAAAAGGGAGAACCCUGUCAGUGUGAUAUUGUCGAUGAACAGACAAUUCAGAGACGACAGGAUGGAUCAGUCAGGUUUUAUGACAGAAACUGGGAAAGUUAUGCCAGAGGUUUUGGAGAUAAAAAUGGAGAAUUUUGGCUUGGUCUUCGAACAAUUCAUCAACUGACAACAUCGAGAUAUUAUAAACUUCGUAUUGAUAUGAGAUUCCAAUCUGGUUCAGUAAAGUACGCGGAAUACAGCACAUUCAAAGUAGGAAAUGAAAAUUCAAAAUUUCAGCUGACAAUCUCGGGAUAUUUUGGUGAUGCGUUAAACAUGAUGUUGCAACAUAAUAAUCAAUAUUUUUCCACUUAUGAUGUAGACAAUGACUCAGAUAGUAGAAAUUGUGCUCGCAGUUACAAUGGUGCCUGGUGGUAUACGAGUUGCUAUCAUUCCAACCUGAAUGGAAAAUAUGAUAGUGACUUUAUCUGGCGGUCAAGUACUCUCUCGUUCAGUGAAAUGAAGAUUCACCCGGUGUAA